AUGCCAACCACCCGCCACGAGAAGCAGCAGCUUCCUACCCAGGAUCGCCGGAGGGGCGAGUCGGCCCUCAGUGACUUCGCCGAAUAUGUCCAGAAGCAGCAAUCCCGCCGCGGCAAGCCGCUCGCCGCCGAUCCCGCCGUGACCGAAGAGCACGACGAGCUGGACAUCAUCGACCAGCUCGGCCUCGACGACGAGUCGGGCGCCGCCGUGCGCCUCAAGCACAUCCUUCUCGACAAUGGCGACACCGCCGACGAGAGCGUCGCCGCGCUCGCCAACCACCUGAACGCCCGACUGCUCGAGGGCCACGGAGAGGCGCUGUUCGAUCUCGGCCUGGAAGACAACGGCGACGCCAUGGGCUUCUCCAAGGCGAACUGGGACUUUGCUCUCGCGCGCCUCGAGAAGGCCGUGGCCGACGUCAAUGCCGACUUCCGCGUGCUGAUGACGCGCAAUGUCGGUGGCGAGGUCGACGUCGAGCCCGGCGCCAAAAACACCAGUGUCUCUGGGAAGCUGAUUGUGCGGAAAAAGCCCGACUCGGUCGAAGACGUCAUCGAGAUGCGGAUAGCGGUGGUUGGGAAUGUCGAUGCGGGGAAAUCCACCAUGCUGGGCGUCUUGGUCAAGGGCGGCUUGGACGAUGGCCGUGGAAAGAUGCGUGUCAACCUCUUCCGCCACAAGCACGAAAUCGAGAGUGGCAGGACUAGCUCCGUGGGAAUGGAGAUAAUGGGGUUUGACACGAAGGGCGAGGUGGUUUCGUCUACCGUCCCCGGCAGGAAACUGUCGUGGGAGGAGAUUGGUAGGAGAUCUGCCAAAGUGAUUAGCUUCACUGAUUUGGCAGGGCACGAGAGGUACUUGAGGACCACGGUCUUCGGCAUGCUUUCCAGCGAGCCGAACUAUUGCUUGCUGAUGGUUGCUGCCAACAACGGACUGGUUGGCAUGAGCAAAGAGCAUCUCGGUAUUGCUGUGGCUCUUAACGUGCCGAUCAUGGUCAUCAUAACGAAAAUCGAUAUCUGCCCGCCGAAUAUCCUGCAGGAGACCAUCACGCAGUUGACGAAAAUUCUCAAGUCUCCUGGAGCGAGAAAAAUACCCAUCUUCAUUAAGGAUCGGGAGACUUGCAUAAACACUGCGGCCCAGUUUGUCAGCAGGCGGAUAUGCCCCAUCUUCCAGGUGUCCAAUGUGACUGGCGAGUGUGUGGAUUUGGUCCGCACGUUCUUGAACAUCCUUCCUCACCAUGGAAACUACGAUCCGGAUGCGCCCUUUGAGUUCCAUGUCAACGACACCUUCUCGGUUCCCUUCGUCGGCACUGUUGUCUCGGGAGUUGUAAAGAGUGGGAUCCUGCAUUCUGGCGACACGGUACUGGUUGGGCCCGACUCUCUGGGCCAGUUCAUAACGACCAAAGUGCGCUCUAUCGAGCGCAAACGGAUACCAGUUCCCGGUUGCGCAGCUGGUCAGUCCGCGUCACUAGCCCUUCGUAACGUACGGCGGAAGGAUGUUCGAAAAGGCAUGGUCGUCUUACCACGUGUCGACCCUGCCGCCCCUCCACCGAAGGUGUACCGCGAGUUCAUUGCCGAAGUUCUUAUCCUCUCGCAUGCAACGACCAUCAAGACCAAGUACCAGGCCAUGCUUCAUGUCGGCCCCGUCUCGCAGACCUGCGCCAUCAUCGACAUUGAUCGCUCGUACAUACGAACCGGUGAUCGUGCGACGGUAGCAUUCCGCUUUGUACAGCGUCCUGAGUACCUCACGGUCGGUGAGCGGAUAUUGUUCCGAGAGGGAAGGACAAAAGGCCUUGGAAUCGUGAAAGCGGUAGGAUACGACCCGAAGAAGCCGCUAAACCCCGAGGCGGCUGCCGAGCGCGUGAAGGAGAAUGGGCAUCCGGCGAAGUGA